AUGGCUGGAAGUGAUAAUAGUAAACCUAAUGGAGUUGAAAAUAAUGAAGCUAAUGAUGCCCCAAAUGAUGAAGUUAUAGAAAACGAAAAUGAACAAAUAAUACAUGAAGAAUAUGAUCAAUUAGACUCAAAGUUAGACGAACUUAACCAAGCAUUAGAUUUUAUAGAGCAAAAAAAUGAUGAUAUUCAUCAAAGGCUAAGGGAACUACUUCAGGCAAACAAGGACAUAAGGAAGGAAAUUCAGAAUGAAAACAUGAACAAAUAA